AUGCGUCUCUGGGAAUUGAACCCAGGUCUCCUGCAGGAACAUAAUGCUUCUCCCUCUGUUUUUUGUGCAGGUGGCAUUGCUGGAGGGAUUGAAAUCUGCAUCACUUUCCCCACCGAAUAUGUAAAAACUCAGCUACAACUGGAUGAAAAAGCAAACCCCCCUCGGUACAGAAGUAUUGGUCACUGUGUGAAGCUAACUGUGCAAGAUCAUGGUGUCAGGGGUCUGUACAGGGGCCUCAGCUCUCUGCUAUAUGGCUCUAUUCCAAAAUCUGCUGUCAGGUUUGGGGUGUUCGAGGUACUCAGCAAUUAUGCAAAGGAUUCAAGUGGGAAACUGGACAGUAAACGGAGCUUAAUUUGUGGCUUGGGAGCUGGUGUAGCAGAAGCUGUUGCAAUUGUCUGUCCAAUGGAAACAAUAAAGGUAAAGUUCAUUCAUGACCAAUCCUCUCUCAACCCAAAGUACAGAGGGUUUUUCCAUGGUGUCCAUGAGAUUAUACGGGAACAAGGCUUGCGUGGAACAUACCAGGGGCUGACAGCUACUGUCCUCAAGCAAGGCUCAAACCAGGCAAUCCGGUUUUUUGUGAUGACUUCCUUCCGCAACUGGUAUCUAGGUGAUAAUACUCACCGAGAGAUGAACCCAUUCAUUACAGCUGCAUUUGGUGCUGUCGCAGGUGCAGCCAGUGUUUUCGGUAACACUCCAUUAGAUGUCAUCAAAACCAGGAUGCAGGGUCUGGAAGCCCACAAGUAUAAAAGUACCUUGGACUGUGCCUACCAGAUCCUCAAAAACGAAGGCCCAUUGGCAUUUUACAAAGGGACGGUUCCUCGUCUUGGCAGAGUGUGUUUGGAUGUGGCGAUCGUGUUCGUGAUUUAUGAAGAAGUUGUCAAAGUUCUUAACAGAGUCUGGAAAACUGCCUGAUGCUUUUCUGGCUUUGUCUGAAGGGGACACUUGGACUGGCUGGUUAGCCAGGUCCAGAGAUCUGAAAGGAAUUUAUUGCCAACUGUUUAUUGUCAAAAGGUUUGUGAAAAUGCAGAAACUCUCACUUUGAACUCAUUCUUUUAAAGCAAAUAAGCAGGAGCAUCUAACAUGGCUGCUCUGCUGGUACUGUGCUUCGGAGCUGAUAAGCUUGAGCUCAUCUAGAGAAGGCUCCUAGUGCAUUAUGACUAAUGACAUGUAUGCCUGGUCCUAAUGAAGCUGAGAUGACACGGAAAAACUCCUCUUCAAGUGAAAGCACUGGGCUGGAUGCUGCUGUUUGCACCAAUGCAUCGCUGGAGUAACUUUGACUUUUCCACUCCAAUGAGGCUCUGUGUAGGCUGGAGCUAUUUUAAUUUUAAGUACAGAUGUCUUGUGUGGCUUCUAGUUCAAAUGGUGUGAACCCCCUGUUUAGACCCUAAAGUAACUUUUAAACCUGGUGUUAUAAAUCAUUUCACAAGCUAAACCAUUUAAGUCUGCUUUAAAUUUAAUUAAGGCUAUCCAGGGGUUUUCAGUGGUGUCAGGGAAGAUUUAAAUAAACCAGCUGAGGGGAGGGGUAAGGCCUGAGUGACUUCAUUAGAUGACUCCGUGGAUUUACAAGAGCGUUACUGAGAAAUUGCCAUGCGGAUUAUUUUCAAGAUUAUGUACACAGUGUCAAAGUGGGACAAAGGAGCACACUUUUUUUUUUCCAUGC